UGUUGUCCCUAGUUGACGUUGACAUUUAAAAAUUUAAAUAAACAAACUCUUUCAAAAUGUUGAAAAUCAGGAAUAGUUAAAUUAUAAAUACAAACUAAUAAGAAGCUGCCCUCCUAGUCAUUAAAAUGAGUAAGGAUGAUCUCACUUCAAUAGCCAUAUGUAGCAGAUUAUUUAUAGUGUUUCUUCAGUUCAUCAGUAAUUUGAUAAUUCCUGAUCAUGAUGCUCAUGUAUUCCAAUAUUUAAGACAGUAUUCAGAAGAAAAUAAAUUUUUCUCAAUUUUAAAUACCAGUUUAAGUGGGUUUGUAAGAUGGGACGCAGAGUAUUUCAUGCAUAUCGCUAAAUAUGGUUACACCUUUGAAAACACUUUGGCGUUUUUUCCAGUAUAUCCAUACAUUAUAAGAAUUGUUUCCUGGAUAUGCAGACCUCUAUUUUAUGGUGCCAGUAUCGAUACGGUUUUGUUAAUAGUGUUUAUUAUACUUAACAUUGUUUUCUUAGUAUUGUCUGUUAAAGUAUUGUACAAACUUUCUUGUUUAUUUUUUGAUGAAAAGAUAGCUCAGAGAACAGCUCUUCUAUUUAUUUUUAAUCCAGCAUCUAUAUUUUUUACUGCGCCUUAUACAGAAUGUUUAUUUUGUUACUUAACUUUCAAGUCUAUUUAUAGAUGUACAUUAUUAUCAAGAAAGUUUUUAAAGCCUAACACUGUGGUUAAAUGGAGUGAUGCUAGCGUCUUACUCUACAUUAGUUUGAGUACUGGCGUCAGAUCAAAUGGACUGUUAAAUAUAGGGUUUUUGAUAUAUAGUACUUUAUGUAUAUUUUUUACUCACUUUCCAAAAGACAUGACUGAUAGAAUUAAACAUAUUUUGAAAUAUAUCAUUAUCUUAUCUAUCUCUUGUAUUGUAUGUAUGUUGCCAUUUAUUUGUUUUCAAGUAUUCAGUUACAAACAAUUCUGUACAGAUUUUAGUGCUGACCUUCCCAAAGAGAUAAUGACGUAUGCUUCUAAAAAUGAACUUGUACUACCAGGACAAUUUAGCAAACACAGACAAUUGUGGUGUUUUUCACGAAUCCCUUUAGCGUAUUCGUAUGUACAAGAUCAUUAUUGGAAUGUGGGAUUUUUAAGAUACUACGAGAUAAAACAAAUUCCAAAUUUCUUGUUAGCAUUUCCUUGUUUAUAUGUUACAAUUAGAAAUUGUGUGUUUCAUUUAAAACAAAAUAUAAGUAAUUAUAAAAACCUUUUUAAUUUGAAAUUUAUUUCUGUGAGGACACCAAAUGCCAAAGAUCAGUUUUUUCAAUUUGGUCUGACUGUCUUUGUAGCACAUGCUUUGAUUUUGGCAGUAUUCUGUACAUUUUGUAUUCAUAUACAGGUAUCAACUAGAAUGAUCUGCUCGGCGACUCCACUUUUUUACUGGUACUGUGCAUAUUAUUGGAUAAAUGGCAAAGAUAAGAUGAUAAAGUUGUAUUUUGAUAGUUAUUUCUUCAUAGGCACUGUGAUGUUUUGUAAUUUUCUACCUUGGACUUAAAAAUAAAUUAUAUAAACAUUUA